AUGUCUUGGGAAGGAUUCAAAAAAGCAAUUAAUAGAGCAGGUGCAUCAGUAACUGUUAAAAGUGUGGAUAAAGUGAUGGAUAAAGAUUUUGAUGUAGAAGAAAGAAGAUAUAAAACUUUAAAUACAGCAGGAACUAACUUACAAAAAGCAGUUAAAGGUUAUUUAGAUUCAUUAAGAGCAGUAACAGCAGCACAAGUUACAAUUGCUGAAAUUGUUUCCAAUCUAUAUGAAGAAACUAAACAAGGACAAUCAUUAUAUAGUAAUGUUGGUAGUUUUUAUCUUCAAUGUGUUAAAGAAUUUGAUGAAGAAACUGUAAAACAAUUAGAUGGACCAUUUAGAGAAACUGUAUUAGAUCCAGUAACUAAAUUUGCUAAUUAUUUUACUGAAAUUGAUGAAGCAAUUAAAAAGAGAAAUCAUAAGAAAAUUGAUUUAGAACAAUGUAAAUCAAAAGUUAGAAGAUUAAUUGAUAAACCAGCAAAAGAUGCUACCAAAUUACCAAAAGCUGAAAAGGAAAUGUCAAUUGCUAAAGAGAUUUAUGAUGAUUUAAAUGAAAGAUUAAAAGCAGAAUUACCACAAUUAAUUGCUUUAAGAGUUCCAUUUUAUGAUCCAUCAUUUGAAAGUUUAGUUAAAAUUCAAUUAAGAUUUUGUACUGAAGGUUAUUCAAGAUUAGCUCAAGUUCAACAAUAUUUAGAUCCUACAUCAAGAGAUGAAUAUGCUAAUGGAUUAUUAGAUGGAAAGAUAGAUGAAUUACUUGUACAAAUGAAUGGUUUAAAUAUAGCUGCCUUGGGAGGUGCGAAAUAG